UUUUUAGCUAAGGAAAAACUGCCAAGUGACGAAGUUUCCAACUAUGACACUCUUUAUAAAGAAAAUUCGUGUCGGGAAGAGAGUUUAAAUGACAAUGGACUUCUUGUGCGUAUUCGGCCCACCUUGCCACGUCGACAGAUGGAUACACCUUCGUUUAGUCCAACUUUAGCCUGGCGAUCCCUGAUCGAACAUCAAGAGCACAUAGAUAAGUCAAAAAUAUUAAAUACUUUAAAUAGUCCGAAGACGACAACCGGUGAGACGCCUAUACAGUUUAAUCGAACUUCACAAAUGAAACAGCUUGCCAAGCCGAGCCACAUACUUCAAAAUUGGACACCUGAACAAGAUCUUGUCGAUGAGAAUGAUGAUAAAAUCAAAGGCCUUAUUACGGGCGACGAUUCAAGUUCGGAUGAUUAUCGUUCUAAGUGUGAAGGCGAUAGCUUGCUCUUCUAUGGUGGCAAGGCGAAAAAUGUAGGAAGUUCCAUCCACACUUUUAGCCUAUCGCUUCCAAGAGAUACUCAUACACAGCAUUCCCGAAACAUUGUCAAUCUAGAAGUGUGCAACUACAAGAGCUUACAGAAAUCGAGGCCAGAAAAUGAUUUAAAUGGUGCUAGCGCUGGAUCCUCUUCUUACCAAAGAACCUCGAGUUUGCAUCAGCAGGAAAAUAUUGCUGUAUCCAAUUUGGAAUGCUCUAAUAAUUGGAUGCUUCAUAAAAAUGUCAGUGGUACCGAAAAUUACACGAAGAGUUUGGAUCAUGGAAGCAAAAGGCAAAGACUUGUUCCAUUGGAGGCACAAUCAAUAAAGUUUUUAACUGGUGGAAAGCACGUGAUGUACCUGCCAGGUAGUAAUGAUCAAACAAAUUCAAUGAAAGUUUAUAAAGCCGAACCGAAAGCCAAUAUCCAAGAGCCUAAAUCAAACCGUUAUUUCAAAAGCAGACAGCGACCUAUGCCGCAAAGUUUACAAGAUGAAACUCCCGUUUUUCCAAUAAUGGCUAUGAAUGAAGAGGCCUUACCAUUGGAAGAUGAUAAACCAUUUCAUCAUCGUUUCUGGUUCAAUAAUCCCGUUCGUUUAUUAGAGAAAAGAUUAAAUGCAGACAAAUCUGGAAAGUCUUCAAAGCUGAAAGUAUCAUUAGAUGGCCAAAUUGAAGCAUUAAAGAAAGUUGAGGAAGACUUUCAACGGAAUCGUGCUAACGAGAAGGAGAACAUACAACAUCAGCUGAGGCUUUAUUUUGGCACAGAUGAUGAUCAGUAUCAGAGCUUACCGAUUGCACCAGUGCUCGACAGAUUUUCUAAUAUUAAUCUUAACGAUACAAGCAAUAAAUUAUUUAGCCGUGAUGAUCCCGAAGGCUGCGUAUCAAUGGUACCUUUUACUGAGCACGAAAGUAAUGAUAAAAAAAUUACAAUUAGUUCAGCGAAUAUUUAACUUAGAUGUCGAGAACCUGUAAAUAACAAUAUAGAAAUGUUGCAAUAAAGUUGUCGUUAAUAUAUUGGAA